AUAUAAACUCAGGAGUAUUCAGUGUGCAAGCACCUGCUGAAGAAACGCGGAGACAGGCCAGCUCUACAGGGUUUCCCAUAACUAAGGUGCAGGGACCAGUGAGGAAGUCGGCCACUGAAAAGACAGCGACAGCUAUCAAUUAUUCAAUGGUGUCACAGAAUGGGAGGAGAGGUGCCCCCCUUCAGAGCAGGAGCCUGGUGGCAGAUGACUCCGUUGCCUCCCAGAGUUCUGCCUCUGAUGUGACCUGGAGAUGAGAGCCACCCCGUAUCAGUGAUCACAACCUGCACGCAGCUCUGUAAUAGAGCUUAGUAGAAGUGCCAUGGAUGUAUUGUGAUUCCCUUGUUUUUAAUGCGCAUAAUUCUAUGAGAAGAUAACAUCCGUUAUGAGGAUCAAUACUGGAAUGAUAGCACCCUCAGGGGGGCGAGAAAUCGUGGCCUCAGGAUCGUCACGUUUUACAGCUAUGUAAGGAUUAUGUGCUGUAGCUGGAGCCAGGUCCCUCCCCAAACUAAGAGGACACAUCAGUGGGAUUUCUGGUGGACCAUGUUCUCUCUGCAGCUUGUGUUUCUCAUCCUGGUCUCUGUGGGACAAAUCACCUGCCAGUCAGGUAACAAACAGAACAGGACUAUUCCUCAGUGGGGUACAGGCCUUAUCGCAGUUGCUGUCUUCCUCUUCCUUGUCUUUGCGUUCUACAUGGCCAAUAAAAUCUGGAAUAGACCAUCCAAAGGCCCUAUAGAAAAAUCUACAGUCUUCGAUGAGGUGGCUGUUCCCAAUGGUAAAUACGUCCAUCACAGUAGCGGAUUCAGUGAGCACGAGCAUGAGUAUGACAACCCAGCCGCCGACCUUGAUAAUGAUAAUGAACUGACUACCGCUAUGUAAUCGUGUGCCAUGGUAAUCCUUACGGUAUCCGGUCUUUAGCUCGACCACACUUAGGCCAACAGUCAUUAGGUCGACCACUAUUGGUCGACAUCGUCACUAGGUCAACAUGGUCUAUAGGUCGACACUGUCACUAGGUCAACAUGUAACAGGUCGACUUUGGAAAAGGUCGUUAUGAGUUUAUUUUUAUUAAUUUUUGUAACUUUUUCAUGCUUUACGAUCCACGUGGACUACGAUUGGGAAUAGUACUCUGUGCCGAGUGCAGCGGUAGCGGAGCGAGGCACCUUGGCCGAAGCAUGGACGAGCAAACUGAGCCAUGCCAGGGGACACAGUGCAUGUUGAUCUAAUGACCGUGUCGACCUAGCCACUGUCGACCAAUAGUGGUCGACCUAAUGACUGUCGACCUAAGUGUGGUUGACUCUAUGAUCCACACCCAUCCUUACUGUAGGUGGAAGGACGGCUUACCACAAUGGCAGUAACAUGGAAACAUUGCUAAUUAUUCAAGCCAAUAAACAAAAAUACUGUAGUAGAAGAAUGGAAACCGUUUCACCUUACCUGAGUCUCUCUCUGUGUGCGACAGAAACAUACAGCGAUUGUUCUAAAUGAGACUGGUAUUAUCUAAAGCUUGUUAUUUAUAAUAGUCACAUAAUAAAUAUGUAGUAAACCUAA